AUGAAUAGAAUACCAAAAGCAUCAGUCCAAUGGUGUUUUAGAAUACAACAACUACGACAACAAUAUACGAGUAGAUCAUCAUCGUUUCUUGCUGCCACCACAUCUUCACCAUCCAUUGGAGGAGCAUUAAACUACUAUUGUUCAAAUGCAAAUACAAAGAAUCAUCAACAUCAACAUCAAAAAUCACAUAGCACUACUACUACUGCUACUACUACUACUCCCAACAUUCCAUCAUCAUUUAAAGUAAAGAUACCAACUCGUGCAUCAAAUACUACUUCAUCAACAAAACCAAGUACCCCUUCUUCAUCAUCUACUACGACUACUCCAAUAACAAAGCCAACAGUCAUUACAUCUAAACCAAUAACAACAACUACAACUUCCAACAACAACAAUAAUAAUAAUAAUAAUAAUAAUAAUACAUUGAAAAUGAAACAAAACCAAUCAAGAUGGGAUGGUAAUAAUCAAACAAAGAAACAAACAACAGAAGAAGAUGUUUUAAAUUAUUUUGAACAAAAGAAUAUUGAACAUCGAGUUAGUGGUGGUGAAAUUGUUGUAAAGGAAUGUCCAUUCUGUCCAGACACCAAGGGAAAGACUGAUAAUAUGUGGAAGUUGUAUCUAUCAAGAGAAGCAUGUACCUAUUUCUGUCAUCGAUGUGCAAACAAGGGAUCAUGGUAUGAUUUUAGAUUGAAUAUUGGUGACCCUAUUCCAACACAACCAAGUGAAAAUGCCAUCAACUAUGCAACAAUGAAAAAAAUGGCAUCCUAUGCUACAGAAUUAUCAAAUCAUCAAGAUGUAUUAACAAAAUUAACAGGUAAAGAACAAGGAGAAAGAGGAUUAGAUUUGGAUGUAUUGAAAUACUAUCAAGUAGGUGUAACCAAUCAAGCAUUCUUUGUUGAUGAUAAAUGGGAAGAACAUAAGUGUAUUACAUUCCCAUGGACAUCUGUCGAUAGCAAAGGCAGUAUUCAAACGUUUAGAUGCAAGUUGAGAUCUGCUCGCUCCAAAGUACACCAACGUAUUGAACCCAAGGGUGGAAAGUUUGGUUUCUUUGGUUGGCACACGAUUCCAGCCGACGCCAAAGAGAUUAUCAUCACCGAGGGAGAGUAUGAUGCAAUGGCAGUAUACCAAGCUACCAAACGACCAACCAUCUCACUUCCAAAUGGAUGUGCGUCUCUCCCACCAGCACUUGUUCCACAACUCGAUCGAUUUGAAACCAUCUAUCUAUGGAUGGACGAUGAUGUACCGGGACAAGAAGGUGCUAAAAAGUUUGCAAUUCACACUAGACAAGGCAAAAUUGAUGGUCCCAAAGAUGCAAAUGAUGCUCUAUUGAUGGGCGCCGAUUUAAAUGCAAUCUUGGAAUCAUCCACUUCAAUCCCACAUCAACAUAUUACAACUUUGGCAGAUUUUACAGCUCAAGUAGAAGUAGAGCAAAAUAAUAAUGCUGAUAGUGAUGGAUUUAAAAAUACAUUUUUACCAAAGUUGGAUGAAUCUUUGGGUUUAAAGAAAAGAGGAAGAUUAACUAUUAUAUCUGGUAGCAGUGGAAUUGGUAAAACAACUCUUUCUUGUCAAUUGUCAUUGGAUUAUUUAAUGCAAGGUGUUUCAACAUUGUGGGCAAGUUUUGAACUUUCAAACAAAAGAAUAGUCAAUAUCUUGUCAUCUCAAUUUAAUCAACUUCAACAACAACAAAAAUCAACAACUGAAUUUAAUCAAUUACCAUUAUUCUUUUUGGAUUAUAAACCACCAACCACUUGGGAACAACUAUUGGAAGCAAUGACAUAUGCAGUCGAUGUAAACAAUGUCAAACAUGUUGUUUUGGAAAACUUACAAGAUCUACUAGGAUACAAAGCACUAGGACUAGGUGGUGAUAAUCUACAAAAUGAUAUUGUCCAAAAACUUCGAUUAUUUGCAUCAUCCAAAAAUAUUUAUAUCACUCUUACUGUCAAACCAACAACAUCUUCAACUUCAAAUUUAACUUUAUCCGAUAUCCCUUUUACAUCUAAUGCCGAUAAUGUAUUAUGUUUAACUUUAAACAAUUUGAAUCAAUCAAAAUAUUUAAAUAUUGAAAAGAGUUUGGAGGGAAAAACAAAUUCAAUUGAAUUGGUACAAAAUGAUUAUUGUUUAAGUCAACGACAAGAAUAG